CAUCUUGGACUUGGCUAUAUCUGGGCUGGCAAAACCCAUACGUUCGGGAUGGGAGGAAUGUAAUCAACCUGGAGUGAUUUAAGAGCAGAUUGUCUGGGGCUCACUGACGCUUCACAUGUGGGACUUGGAGCAUUGAAUAUUCAAAAAGCCGCAUCAAGAUCCAGAACAGGUUUUUGCGGACUCCCCCUCCCCUUUUCCUUGUCUGAACGCUGUGUGCAGUUUCGAGGGGCCUCGGAACUGUUUGUGCUUGAGUUUCUGUUGUUUUACAACAGGCACUUUUGGAAAAGUUUUAAGGUGAUCUGUUCCAGUGUAUUGGUUAUGACUUUUUGGUUGCCAGAUCUUUGUGGAAAGUUGCUUAUUUUGGUCACCGAUGACCUGUUGUGCUGUUAUGUGUCUGGAUGAAUUUUUGCAUUAAUUGGGAUCCGCAUUUGUGCUGGAAUUUGGCACCGGGACGAAGUUGAUGCCGAUCGAAUCCAUGGUCUUCAUCAGCUCGUGCACGGCAGCUGUCCACCCUGCGAAAUAAAGACUUGCGAUCAGACAGACUUGGACUGCAAGAUCCACUUUGGAGAUAAAGACAUUAAAAUGUCAACUAGAACACCACUACCUACUGUCAAUGAAAAGGAUACAGAAAACCACACAUCACACACAGAUGGGCGGAAUGAAGUGUCGUCCCGUCCCGUGCGGUCAGGGGUCCGCUGCCGAAACUCCAUCGCCUCCUGUGCUGAUGAGCAGCCACAUAUCGGCAACUACCGGCUGCUCAAAACCAUCGGCAAGGGCAACUUCGCCAAGGUCAAACUGGCACGACACAUUCUCACGGGAAGAGAGGUGGCCAUAAAAAUAAUUGAUAAGACACAACUUAAUCCUACCAGCCUUCAAAAGCUUUUCAGGGAAGUAAGAAUAAUGAAGAUUCUAAAUCAUCCAAAUAUUGUAAAGCUCUUUGAGGUUAUAGAGACAGAGAAGACACUUUAUCUGGUGAUGGAGUACGCCAGUGGUGGGGAGGUGUUUGACUACCUCGUGGCACAUGGACGUAUGAAAGAGAAGGAGGCCAGAGCUAAAUUUAGACAGAUUGUAUCAGCUGUUCAGUAUUGUCAUCAAAAACACAUUGUCCACAGAGAUCUCAAGGCAGAAAACCUCCUGCUGGAUGCAGAUAUGAACAUCAAGAUUGCAGACUUUGGCUUCAGUAACGAAUUCACGAUUGGGAACAAACUAGAUACAUUUUGUGGCAGCCCACCGUAUGCGGCCCCUGAACUUUUCCAAGGCAAGAAGUACGAUGGGCCAGAAGUGGACGUGUGGAGUUUGGGGGUCAUACUCUACACACUGGUCAGUGGAUCGCUUCCCUUUGAUGGACAGAACUUAAAGGAACUUCGAGAGCGUGUACUGAGGGGCAAGUAUCGCAUCCCUUUCUACAUGUCCACUGACUGUGAGAACCUCUUGAAACGCUUUCUGGUGCUGAACCCCAUCAAGCGGGGCACACUCGAGGUGAGAGGACGUGGUGAAAAUCAAAUCAUGAAGGAUCGUUGGAUUAACGCAGGCUGUGAGGAGGACGAGCUCAAACCCUUUAUGGAGCCGGAACUCGACAUCUCAGACCAGAAGAGAAUUGAUAUCAUGGUGGGAAUGGGUUACUCUCGGGAAGAGAUCCACGAAUCUCUAACCAGGAUGAAGUAUGACGAAAUUACCGCUACCUACCUGCUGUUGGGAAGGAAGUCCACAGAGUUAGAGGUGAGUGAUUCCAGCUCCAACAGUAACUUGUCUUUAGCCAAGGCCAGACCCAGCUGUGAAAACAAUAACGGCCAGUCUCCAUCUCACCUCAAAGUUCAAAAGAGCACCUCCUCCAAUCAGAAACAGCGGCGUUAUAGUGACCAGGCUGGACCAGCCAUUCCCUCAGUGGGCUACCCCAAGAGAAGUCAGACAACUUCUGCAGAGAGUGACCAUAAAGAGGAGGGUACUGCACAGGCACGAAAGUCCAGCACAUCGGGAAGCCGUGGAAUGGCCCCGCCGAGCCCGAUGCUAGGCAACGCAAACAACCCAAACAAGGCUGACAUUCCUGACCGCAAAAAGAGCACCGGUGUCCCUGGGAGCAAUUCUGUGUCAAGCGGUAUGACCAGAAGAAACACGUAUGUUUGUAGCGAGAGGAACGCCACGGACCGCAACUCUGUCGUCCAGAACGGCAAAGAGAACAGCCUGAGUGAAAUGUCAGGAUGUGUCAGCACAAGUCUGACGGCGAACGCGGUGACUCUUGCUGCCUCGUCAGCCUCGGUCCGUCUGCGCCACCAAAAAGCCACCUCCCUCUCUCCAUCUGGACACACCUGCUGCGCCACCCUGCUGCCCACCAAUGGUGCCACUGACCUCUUCAGGCCCAAUACGAACACGGCUCCAACAAGUCAGCAGAACCCUGGUUCCUCCACCCACAGCAUUAGUAGCGCAACUCCCACGGAUCGCCUGCGUUUCCCACGAGGCACGCUUAGCCGCAGCACUUUCCAUGGAGGCCAGCUGAGGGAUCGACGCACAGCCACUUAUAACGGACCCCCUGCCUCUCCCACCUUAUCUCAUGAUGCUACGCCUCUCUCGCAGUCCCGAAGCCGUGGAUCCACAAACCUCUUCACAAAACUCACGUCCAAGCUAACACGGAGAAACAUGUCAUUCAGGUUUACCAAAAGAGUGCCGGCAGAAUGUGAUAGAAAUGGGAGGUAUGAGGACUCGAGUCGUAAUGUAUCUGGGGAUCAGAAAGAGGAGCAUAAAGAUGCCAAACCCCGCUCGUUACGUUUCACAUGGAGCAUGAAGACCACCUCCUCCAUGGAGCCCACAGAAAUGAUGCGCGAGAUCCGCAAAGUCCUGGACGCCAACAACUGCGAUUACGAGCAGCGUGAGCGCUUCCUGCUUCUAUGCGUCCACGGUGACGGGCACGCUGAGAGCUUGGUCCAAUGGGAGAUGGAAGUGUGCAAGCUGCCCCGUCUCUCGCUAAAUGGCGUGCGCUUUAAGAGGAUAUCAGGAACAUCCAUUGCUUUCAAGAACAUCGCCUCUAAAAUUGCCAAUGAGCUAAAGCUGUAAAGAAAUAAAGACUAAAUCUAUUGAGAAAAAAACAGCUUAAAGGACUAAGGCACACAAGAACUAGAGUAAUCAAGUUGUACAUUCUUUUUCAACAAGUAGCAGAUACAAGGAUUGUUUUUCUCAACACCUACAAUGUAUGUCCUGAACAUAUUGUAUAAAAUCAUGCCUUAGGCAGUAAUUUCCUGCAUCUUUGAAGCAUUAUUAUUAUUAUUAUUAUUAUUAUUGUCGUUAUUAUUGUCAGAUGGUUUUGAACUGUAGGAAAACAAAAUGACAGUUUAAUUUUAUUUUUCUUUUGUCGAUGCACUACUGCAGUAGGUACCCUAUGGGGCCAAAAAUGAACACCAGUGACUGAAAACUUGUAUUGUAAUGGACAUAAGAGGGAUGGUUAAUUGCUCCAGUAUUUGGUCUUUACGAUACUGCCCUUCUCGCAGUCCUUCUUGAAUGCCAAAACAAAAUGGCCACAAUGUUUCGAAUUAGUUAGGACAUUUAUUUGCACACAUUUUCCCCUUAAAGCACAAUUUUUUUGGGGGAGUAUAUGUGCUUUUUCUCAAUCUCCUAUCCAUUCAUUCCUCUACUUUGUCAACUUCAUCACCCUGUCCCCCACCCCCAUCUUCUUUUCAGGAAAUUGUAACGGGGUGUUUUUUUUAGUGCAAUGCAUGGCCGAAGAUGGACAGGAUCCCAUAAAUGUAACCACUGGUGCCAUGGAGCUUCAGCUCUGGAGCGAUUGUAGAAGCCAAGCACUUCAGGAAACCUCUUGGCUUCAGACGGGCUACUGCAAUGGAAUGAUAUACAUGAUAUAAAGACAAAAAAAGACACUUAGUGAGACCACACUUAGUUUUUUUUUUUUUUUAAACAUCUUAGAAGCUGUUCUUGAAAUGUCUUUGCUUUGGCUCCGGCCCCUAACGUUACAUGCCGAGUCAUUCUGGGAAACAGUUCAGAACUUUAACUUGCCAUUUAUAGGCUUCAGUAUUCACUCCCAUCCCCAAGAACCAUUGGCACUGUUAUUAUUUAGUUUUGAUUUUUCUGUUUGUUUUUUGGAAUGUAAAUAAUGUACCUUAGUUUUGCAGCUGCGGCAUAUUGAUAUACUUUUUUUUUUUCUUUUCCAAGUCUGGCUGUGAGUCGGAAACUACGGAAAUUAAUGUAACUCAUCACAGAAUAAGGAUAAUCAGUGUCUUCAUUAAAACAACUGAAAAUCAAUGAUUUACAGAGUGGCUUUUGUUGGACUGAUAACCUAUUUAGAGAUUUUACAAGGCUCAAUUCAGACAUAAAAUAUGAACUCAUAUGGCAGAACAUUACAUGGUAUCUUGAUAGCUGGAGGACUGAAAAUUAUUGUACAUUCUGUUGGUUUUUCCUAGUAGAUCUACUGAUCUACCUGUUGCCCUUUGUACUCAUACAGCUCACAGGAGUAAAUAGAAGAGAAAUGUCAUGUGAUUUAAAAAGUCGGUGGAAAGUACACUGGAUACUACGCAGUUUUGUUUUAUUUAUUUUUUAUUAGUAAAGAGUAGGCAUUAUGUAUUUCAAACAUAAUAAUGAUGCAUUGUCACAUGACCUAAAUAUGG